AUGGCUUACCUGUAUUUACUGGGAUGUUUUCUGCAUUUCCUGAUGAGUGAAGCUGUCACGUCCUCGGAGUUUGAGGUGGAUGGAGAUUACCUGAUUGGUGGACUUUUUGAUAUUCAUCAAGUCAGUGGAACAGAUUACCAUCACAGACCAGAAACCAUUACCUGCUCAAGUCAACCAUUUAUUCUGUCAAGCUAUCGAAGAUUCCAGAUGAUGAGAUUCUCUGUAGAGGAAAUCAAUAACUCCACCAGCCUGCUGCCAAAUGUAACACUUGGCUAUAAACUCUUUGACCACUGUUCAGAUACACAGAAUUUUCCUGGUAUUUUCAACCUCAUCUCCGUCAAUGACUUCAUCCAACCUUGGAGCAAAUCGGGCAACAACGUCUCGAACGUGAUCGCAGUGGUCGGCGCCUACACGAGCACCGAGACGCUGACCGUAGCCCCGCUCUUCAUGAUGAAUUUCCUUCCUAUGGUCAGUUACGGAGCUGCUAGUUCGGUCUUCUCAAAAAAACAGAAUUUCCCAACCUUUUUACGAACAGUACACCCCAAUAAAGAUGUCAUCGAGGUGGUUUAUACCAUUUUGACAAACUUUGGGUGGCGUUGGGUUUCUUUUUUAUACAGCGACGAUAAUUAUGGAAAUGAUGGCCUGGAAUUGUUUGUGAACAAGAUCAAAUAUACUAAUAUCUGCCUGGCUUACAGCAAAGGCCUGGAUGAAAACACAAAUUACCCUCAAACACUCCAACAGCUGGACGAGCAGAGGGUAAAUGUCAUCAUUGUUUUUGCUCCUGAAUGGACGGCUGAAGAUCUCAUUGAGGCAGCGAUAACAGAAAAUAUCACCAACAAAGUGUGGAUAGCCGGGGAUGCAUGGUCCUUAAACAAAGAGCUCCCCAAAGCAGAAGGAAUCAGAAAUAUUGGAACGGUUCUYGGUGUUGCAGAGCCGGUUUUGGCGAUACCAGGUUUUAGUGAGUUUGUCGAUCAUUCCAAAGCUAAAUCUCAGCAGGAAAACGUGAAUCAAGGRAAGUUUUGUGGUCAGAAUUGCAACUGCAGCAGUGUGACUGCUGACGAUAUCAAUAAUGCAGAUCCGUCUUUCAAUUUUCCUGUUUACUCUGCUGUUUAUGCCAUUGCACAUGCUUUGCACGUGGCCCUGCAGUGUAAAGACGGCAGGUGUGAUAGAAAUAUCACAGUGGACAAAUACACGGUUCUAGCAGCACUGAAGAAGUCCAACUUCCCUCUUUUAAAUCAAAAUGUUCAGUUUGAUAGUAACGGUGAUCCCAACUUUGGAUCAUAUUCUAUAGUUUUUUGGAACCAUAGCGGUGAUGCAGAGGAGGUCGGCGUUUAUAAUUUUCACUCCUCGUUCCCGUUUUACAUCAACAGCUCUAAAAUCCAGUGGUACGCAAACGGAGAGGUCCCUACAUCUUUUUGUUCCCAAGAAUGCUCCGCAGGAUAUGCCAAAAAACAAGAAGGAAUCUAUGAAUGCUGCUUCAGUUGUACCAUUUGUCCAAUUGGAACUUAUAUCAACGUUACAGAAGACGCCUACGAGUGCAUCAGCUGUAAGGACACAGAGUGGUCUGCAGAAGGAAGUACAUCAUGCAACCUGCGGCUGGUGGAGUUCAUCCCGUUCACAGACAGUGGAGCUGUGGUGAUCAUGUUCGGGGCCUGGGUCUUUGUGGGUCAGACUCUGGCUGUGUCCAUUCUCUUUGCCUUUAACUACAAAACCCCUGUAGUCAAAUCUGCAGGAGGACCCAUGUGCUUCCUGAUCCUAGCCUGCCUCAGCCUGUCUGAUAUCAGUGUGUUCUUUUUCUUUGGUGAGCCCACAACUGCUUUCUGUAUCUUAAGGUUUUUACCUUUUCUGUUGUUCUACACUGUUUGCCUGGCGUGUUUCGUCGUGCGCUCUUUCCAAAUCGUUUGCAUUUUCAAAAUAGCUGCUAAGUUCCCCAUUCUCCUCAGUUGGUGGACAAAAUAUAAUGGCCAGUGGUUGAUCAUCACAGUAGCAUUUAUCACUCAAGCUAUCACGCUUACAACUGGCUAUGCUGUUUCCCCCUCAAGACCUUACAAUGAUACAGUUUCUUACUCGCAAUCAAUCAUUCUUGGCUGUGAAAUGAACUUUCAAGGUAUCUCUGCCUCUUUGCUUCUGCUUGCAUCAUUGUGCUGUCUUUGUUUCAUUUUUUCUUACAUGGGAAAAGACCUGCCAAAAAAUUACAAUGAAGCCAAAGCGAUCACUUUCUGUCUUCUCCUGCUGAUCUUAACUUGGAUCAUUCUUGCCACUGCAAGUAUACUCUACCAUGGAAAGCACAUCCACACAUUCACUGCUUUGGCCGUACUCUCCAGUCUCUAUUCUUUUCUGUUGUGGUAUUUUCUCCCAAAAUGUUACAUCAUUGUUUUUCAACCCCGCAAAAACACACAGGAGCACUUUCAAGGUCUGAUUCAGAAUUACACCAAAACAGUUAGCCAGUAA